AGUGCAGCUGAUCUCAAUUGUUUCAGUAACCUUGGAAACAAAAUUAAAAUUUACAAAAUCUAAAUACAAGGAGCCUUUCAAAUUCAUAUAUUAAAAGUUUGUUUCAUCAUAAAGUAAAUAUGGACAAAGAAGGAAAAACCUCAGGUUCUAAAAUCACCAAAAGCAUGGUCCCGAAGCCCACGAGGAUGCCAUACAUAAAUUUUGUGCAAGCCUUCCGCAACUCUCAUCCAGGCGAGUUUGGUCCAAAAGAGAUGAUCAGUGAGGCGGCUGCGGCUUGGAGACAACUGUCCGACAGUGAGAAGAAGCCAUUUGUAGAUCUAGCGGCUACCCAGAAGGCCAAACAGCCUCGACAGAAGAAAGUCAAGCGGCUCAGAAGACGAAGAGCUGACAGUGAAUACUCCUACUACUAAGUUGUUAAGGCUCUUAUACCAAAUUUUUAGUGAAUAUGCGUCUGAUUUUGGGACAUAAUGUA